UGACAUCAAAUGGCGGUCGUGUUGUUGUUUUCAACGAGAAUUCAACGUCGCACUUUGUCCUGACGCACAGUCGCGAGUUUCGCGAUCGCCAAAAAUCCGUAAAAGCAAAUUUUCUCGGCUUGGAGGUAAUUGGGCCGAGCUUGGGUCCAGCUUGAAGGCCCCCAGCGCCUAUGGCGUUACCGCGGUUGCGACUGCAUCCUACUCGCCAGGUAGUAAUGCGCCCGGCGCGCACUACGAGAGCUUUGCUCGCUCGUUCGUCGCGUCCGAGCUCUUAGUAGCGCGGUUACACAUCUCCCUUCUGCUUCUAAAACUCUCGAAGGAAAUCUGAAAGCGUCGUCGGGGCGACAACAUCGUACAACGAGGCUCAGUUUCCGCAAACUUGUUCAAAUUGCUUGUGCAGGGCGACUAAUAACUCUUCCCGGGUGACCGCUGUAGCCGUUUCGUCGUCAAAUCUCUCCUCUAGUUGGGAAGCGAGAAAAAGAAGAAAACAUGGCUAGCGGCGGCAUCUCAAGAUCGGGUCGUGUUCGCAAGAAGUCGGCCAAGUUAAUGGAAAUGGAAGAUUGGGACGCUUUCGACCUCAACGACGCACCUUCGAAAGCCAAGAAGAGACCGCGGUCGCCAGACCCGCUGUCCGAGCCGCCGGAGAAGAAAGUGGCGCCCAUCAAGAUCGCCAAGGCUGCGGCUUCCAAGGCGUCGGCGGUGAGCCCCGUCAAGGCGAGGGCCGUGGAUGGGGUGAUACACUUGAAGAACCUGCAGAACAUCCAGGAGUCCGGCUACCUGAACGUUCCGACGGCCUCCAAGGCAGUUCCUGUGGCGCAGCACCAGCCCUUGUAUGGUUCCGGCAAUGUCGCUGACGAUUCAUCGAGUUCGUCAUCGGAGUCCAGCGAGACCAGCUCGGACGAGGAGUCGGAUUCAGACGAUUCCAUGGAGUACGCUCGGCCGCUGCCACACAUGCAGAUGCAGCAGAAGGGCAAGAAGCCGACUUUCCAGAUGCUUCCGCAGGCUAAGACGGUGGCAGCUGGUAAUGCUGAUUUCGAAACCAGUCAGCAAGCGAGACAACGAGCCAUGCACCACAUGGAGCCCAGAGCCGACAUGAUUAACGUCGAGGAAAGUGACGAUGAUGAUGACGACGACGAUGAUGACGAUGACGACGACGACGAUGAUGACACGCGCGACUCGCACUUGGUGAUUGCAGAAGAUGAGCGACGUCCACCACCGAAACGUGGUGGGGCGGCACCCGCAAGGAGCAAGCCAAGCGCUGCGCCCAAAUCUAAGGCCAGCCGCCCCAGCAAGAAGACGACCAACGACGAUCCAGAGUAUGAGGAACCCGCUCCUAAAAAGAGCACCAAGAAAGCUGCCACGCCUAAGGCACCAGCCGCAUCCAAGAAGGCACCUCCCAAAGAGAAAGCCAAGCCAAGGCCCAUGACAGCAUACAUGUUGUGGUGUCAAGAAUACCGCCGCAAGAUAGUCAGAGACAACCCGGACCUUGACUUUGUCUCCAUAAGCAAGAAGCUUGGUGAAGCUUGGAAGAUGCUGCCAGAGAAAGAGAAAAUCGGAUGGCGCCGCAAGGCCAAGGUUCCAGCCAGCAAAGGUUCAAUGCUUAUCAGUACGGGACGGCCUUCAAACACAACGGCGUCGACACCAGCCACGGCCAGCACUCCUUCCACAGCCCCUGCAGCCGCCCCCCACGGACGGACCUCGGCCGGAGCCACAAAAGUGGCCGCCGCUGCAGCAGCUGUGACGCCAGCUACGACACUGGUUUCGGCUCAGGAGGAUGCCAGGGCUAUGGCCUCUACGGGUGAGGGCCCGCGGUCUCUCGGCAUCGGCCCAGUUGACGUGGCCGCCCACCUGAAGCUCUUGGGCGAAUCGCUGAGCACCAUCGGGCAGCGACUGACUGAGCACGAGGGCCAGAUAGCGGUGUCCGGAAGUCUCUCCGUGUUGCUCGACUCGACGCUUUGUGCCCUGGGUCCUCUCCUGUGUCUGACGGCCGUCGGAAAGGAGAUGAACGGCUGCUCGAAAGAGACGCUCACCAGAAUUCUCAACAAUAUCGCCUACGUCAUGCCUGGCCUCUGAAACUGCUUCCCGUGCCAAACUGAUAUGGUUACCACCUCACUCCACAAAGUGGCACCUCCCUCUCACGUAACGCGAUGUAGACUCUGCGUGAAGUCUGCAAGAGUGCGGACUUGUACGGGUCUCGUAUGAUCCAACCAAAACGGCCAAAUUCUCGCAAUAGAGCCGUAAAGCAAAGUGGCUCCUUCCUCUCACGCAAUGUGAUGAAGACUCUGUGUGAAGUCUCCGAGAACGCGAACUUGUACGCGUCUCGUCUGACCCAACCAAGACCGCCUAAUUCUCACAAUAGAGUCGUAAAGCAAAGUGGCACCUCCCCCUCACGCAAUGUGAUGUAGACUCUGUGUGAAGUCUGCAAGAACGCGAAAUCGUGCACGUCUCGUCCGACCCAACCAAGACGGCCAAAUUCUCACAAUAGAGUCGUAAAACGGAAGUCGCCACAUUGAGCUUGUGCCGUCAUUCCCGGUGCACCAAGUUUCUACACAACAUUUGUGACUCCGUAAGACGCGUAUCUCAGAUUCGGCAGUGCUGGUACUGGGGGGCUCAUUCAUGUUGUCAAGGGCCAGGUCAGGCCCUUAGAAUGCCCGAGAACCAAACUUUGCUUAUGAUCUACUUGGUGCGACGAGACUUAUCGAAACAUUCUAGUUUUUCUGUUGCCCCCAAAUGCAGAACGAGGCUUACAUGUCGAUAGCAUCUGCAUCUGAAUGAGUUCCGAUUGCAAAUUGAAAUGUAUGCUGAAAUGAAAAUUGAAAAUGAAAGAAUUGGAAAUGUAUGCUGCAGUAGGGUGAGAACACUGGCGGAAUGCGCAUACACAGCACUUUUAUGAACUUCCUUCGUGCUCCGCACAUGGGACAGCCCAUGCAAUGUCUUGUGUGUCGUAACGGGGCAUUGCACAUUUUAUUUUAUUGCAUGAUACUUCAGCUUACGGAAAGUUUGAUGUCCAGUUUUUAUGUUAUUACUGAACUGCUCACCUGGACGUAGUAAAAUGGACUCAUCAUACCCCUUCAUGUUGUUUCUUGAUGUGCUGAUGGCAUCCUGUGAUGUGAAAUAAAGUGGGAUAAAAGUGAAUAAUCAGAGACCAUGACUGCCAAAUUGUAUUCAACUCGCUCCUUUGAAAACCAUUUAACUAGAAUGUUGACAAUGCCCCAUGUGCAUAGUGCUUGCUAUCAAACUCCUCACAUUUAUUUUUCCUUAGAGGGACACUAAAGUGACACAGUGGUACUUGCCUACCAUUGUUUAACAAGCCCAAAAAAAAGCGUUUUGAAAUUUUCUUCAUAAACUCGAGGAUUACUCUGAAUUCACAAAAUAUUGUCAUGGAAGUGAGAAUACCCGAAAUAAAGAAAGAAGGAAAGA